UGCUUAGUCAUACACUAGCAUGAAUGAGGCCGUUUAAGCAUUGGAGGAGAUCCACCAAUCAAAUCGCGAGGCCUUCACGGAGACACUGCUAGGGAAUCAGGUGUUACAGAGAUUUUUGCUCGUAAACAUUGUUGUUUGAAUCGGUCAUGUAAAGUUCAUAAGUGGACAUGCUUGCUUGACCUCUGCUUUGUAUACGUAGUUUGCAGUCUUGUGUUUUUUUUUCUUUGGAUAGUGAUUAUUUAUUCCAUACGUAGUGUCUAACCUCUGGAUUAUUGAAAUCUGGGUCAAUAGACUAGCGCUGAUCAAUGCAAGAGAUUACUAACGGCGUGCACAAUAACUUUUUAUCGAACCGGCCCCGAGGGGGGAAGAUGACUACACGGGGAAAAGGCAAAAAAUUUCAAGGUGUAGGGAUCAAAAUCAGCGAUGAUCAACCUGUUCCACAGCCGCCCAGACCAGAUCUUGAUUCAAAGGCCACCCUGACAAUAAAUGGACAAAAGUUUGAAUGUGAUGCCAGUGACCUGCAACACAGGCGAUACCUAGGGCGGGGUGCUUAUGGUGUCGUUGAAGAAAUGAUUCAUACAAGAAGUAACACAAUACUUGCAGUUAAAAGAAUAAAUGCUACAGUAAACAACCAAGAACAGAAGCGUCUGCUGAUGGAUUUAGAUAUCAACAUGAGGAGUGGAUCAUGUGAAUACACUGUUGAAUUUUAUGGGGCUUUAUUCAGAGAGGGUGAUGUUUGGAUUUGCAUGGAGGUAAUGGAAGCUUCGCUUGAUCAGUUCUAUAAAAAGCUGAAAUCUAAUGGAGAAAAAAUACCAGAGAAUGUAAUGGGCAAGAUAGCAAGAUCAGUUGUACAGGCUCUACACUACCUACACACAGAACUACAUGUCAUUCAUCGUGAUGUCAAACCAUCCAACAUUCUGAUAAACAAACUUGGUGCAGUUAAAAUCUGUGACUUUGGCAUCAGUGGAUAUUUGGUGGAUUCAAUAGCAAGAACCAAAGAUGCUGGCUGCAGACCAUACAUGGCUCCUGAGAGAAUAAAUCCUGACAACUCUAGCAAUGGAUAUGACAUUAAAUCUGAUGUUUGGAGUUUAGGCAUAACAAUGAUGGAACUAGCCACUGGAGAAUUUCCAUAUUCAAAAUGGGACUCGCCAUUCCAGCAGAUCAAGCAAGUGGUUAUGGAAGCUUCUCCAAAAUUGCCUGAUAAUCAGUUUUCUCCUGAAUUUUGUAGCUUUAUUGACAACUGCUUGGAUAAAGACUACAAAAAACGUUGGAAUUAUGCUCAACUUUUGGAGCAUCCUUUUAUUCUUAGAGCUGCAGAACAGGAAGUAGACAUGGCAGGUUAUGUCAAUGGUGUUAUAUCAAAAUAUGGUAACCUCAAUGAAAGUAAUACUUGAGGGUGGUAGAGACUUAGGAUAUUGUGUGUUAUUUGCAAGUGUGCUUGAUAGACAUAGGCUAAAUCCAAAAAUAAUGAAAAAGACAUGUAUCCCAGCAUUUGUUAUGGGAUUGUCUUAUUUGUCUGUUCACCCAGCUUUUCAGUAUAUGGAUUGCUUGUUGUCAAUUGGUGUAACUGCUAAUUUGCUAGAUAGGAAAGAACGGAAAGUGUGCAUAUAUAAAUUGAAUACUAAUUUAACAAGAAAUGUUCCAAUGAUGGAUGCUGAUAAUUUUUAAAACUCUCCAUUGUACAGAAUAUUUUAAUUCCAUGUUGACGUAUGACCAUGUCUUUGGUUCAGAAGCUAGAAUCACUGAAUGUUUGUAAUAAUUUUUGUUUGUAAAAAGUGUUAAUAUUUAAUGUUACUGGGACAAGGAUAUUUUAUAUUUGUGUUUUUAAACCCUAUGUCCACCCUCCAAAAUAAUAAAGCAAUGCUAUGACUUUGUAUUUAACAAUAUAUUUUUAAUUGAACAUAUUUAUGAGUAAAACUAGUUGAGUAGUUUUUUUUAAUUAGUCUUUAGCUUUUAACUUCAAAAUCUAUAAUUAAAAAGUGGGUACAUUUUAUUAUAGUUAAAUGCAAAUAAAUAGACUUACUUUUUACUUGUAGUAUUUUAAUAUUUCCAGUUGUUUGUUGUUGUUUUUUUACAAAAAAAUUGGAAUUUUAAAAAACUGUUAGUAUGUUGAUUUUUUUUAAAUAUAUUUUUUAAGUACAAAUUAUAAUACCUUAGUUUUAUAAACUGAAAACUUAAGAGACAAAUUAAUUGAAUAAAGAAUUUUUAACUAGAAAAUUAUGUGUUCCUUUCCUAAUUAAUAAAAUAAAGUCUUUCUUGUUGAACUAUGCAAAAGUGAAAACAAAGGAAAGGAAAUUUUGUAGUACAUGUUGUGUGGGUGAAAUUUUGCAAUUGCACUAUAAUUAUUAACAUUUAUGGCAAUAACAAUACAUUUUAUGUACUUGCAGUUUUUCUUGAUUAAGGGUAGGGCUUGAUAAAUUUUAAAAAAUGGCAAUGUUUUUAAUUCUUAGCGUUCUUUUUUUUUCCCAAAAAUAAUCUUAUUAGGUUUUUUGUUGGAUCGACUUUACAUUUAGCAGUUAUUUUAAAAAGCUUUGUAUUAUUAGAAGCAAAGCUAUUUAUGCAAAAACAUUUUAUCAGAUAUUUGUUCAUUUGAUUCCAAACCACUUGUUACAUUCAAUUUGUUGACGAUUUAUUAGUAAAUGUGCUGUGUGAGUCUUUUCAUCCAUUGGCUGGAAUACAAAUCAAGUGUUGGAAUAUCUUAACUGUUUAUUCUUUUAAAAUAGGUAAAUUUUAGUUUUGUGAUAGAGACACUGAUACCUUAACAAAUGUAUAAAGUAAUAUUUUAAUCAUGUUUUAAGGGAUCGAAGUAACUUGUUUUAAUUUAUUAAAAGGGAUCCUAUUUUUCUUCUCAUUAUUGGAAUGGAAUAGUUUCAGAAUGUUAAAUUCACUAAUAUUUUGGAACUUCUGUGUGUUAGAUAACAUUUUUAAAAUUUUAUGAGCUUAAAGAAGAAAUGAUUUAAUUCAUGUAUCAUUAAAUGUUUGUUAACAUUUGUCUUUCCCAUACAUCAGUUUGGAUUCAGUGGAUUAGCAGAUGAUGUUAAACAAUUAAAUUGAUCAGCUUUUGUGUAUCAAUAUCACAGAUUGUAAUAACUACUAUUCACUAUAUAAGCAUUGCAAUGAAACUGUGAUAAAAAAGCAUGAAUUUUUAUAUUUUUCAAAUUAAUGAAAUCUAUGCCUAUCUUAGAUUUAUUUAUAUAUAACUUUUAAAAAUCAAAAGUGUAAAAAUUACAAACUAAUAAUUUAGAUUACUUAAAUGAAAAGAAGGCUAAUAAAUAUAGUGAAGAACCGUUAGGCAGCAACCUUUAUCUAUAUUUUAUCAAAACUAAUGGUUAUUUUAUUUUUGGUACAUUUCUUCUCUUGUUAGGUCCUUAUUUAACAGUAGUAAAAUAUAAUUUUGAUUUUUAAAAUAUGGAUACAUCUGGUAGUUGUUUUUUUUUUAAAUUUAGUCACUAACUGCAUUACAUUAAAACUUCAUUUCUCUAAUUUAAAAAUAAGUUGUUCAAAGCAGCGUAAUUAUUCUUAGAAACAGUAGUUAGUAGUUUUAUCAUAUAUUUCAUUUUACAUACUAUUUUUAUAAUUGAACACCCCUAGCUUAUUUAGACAUUUAAAUCCACUUGAUACAUAUUUGUGUGUGCUUCUUAUACAGCACUUGCAAUCAUUUAGAUUAAAUAGAAUUUUGUGUGUGGCUAGGAAAACAUUGUUCCAUAAGCAUGAGACAUCAAUCAUACCUCAUUAUAAAGUUAUUUAAAAAGUCACUUGUUGUUUGAAUGUUUAUGUGUAACUGUUGUUUCUGACUAUUUCAUGUAUAUAAGAGAAAUAAAAAUAUAAAUCAUUCA